UCCGCCCACAUAUUAACAGCUGUACACCUGCCUUCUCCUCCCUCUCCGGUCCUCCUCUCUGCUCCCCGCGCUGCCACCAAACUAAAUUGCUAAUGUCUGUCAAAUGUGGUUGGCUUGGUUCAGAUAAUGACGGACUCAGGAGAAGGCGAUGAAGAGUUCCAGUUUCUACGAACGGGAGAUGAGGUGGUUUUGCAGAGUACCUUCACCUCCCAGGAGGAACAUGUGAAGCUGUGUCUUGCUGCAGAAGGAUUUGGCAGCAGACUUUGCAGGCUUGAGCCCACAUCUAACUGCAAGAAUGUUCCACCAGACUUGUCUGUGUGUGGCUUUGUCCUGGCCCAGUGUCUCUCUGUCCGAGCCCUCCAGGAGAUGCUGGCCCACAGCAAGCACCUGACUGCAGAGGUGGGAGCUGGAGGAAGCCACCGCACCCUUCUAUAUGGCCAGGCUUUGUUGUUCCUACAUUCAUACAGUGGCAUGUAUCUCAGCUGCUUGUCUUCAUCUCAGUCUUCAGCGGAUAAGCUGGCUUUUGAUGUUGGUCUGCAAGACAAUAAAGCAGGUGAGGCAUGUUGGUGGACUGUCCACCCAGCAUCCAGACAGAGGUCAGAGGGUGAGAAAGUACGUGUUGGAGAUGACCUCAUACUGGUCAACGUAUCCUCAGAGAGAUAUCUGCACCUGUCCUUUGGCACUGUGUUUAACAACAAAAGCUUGAGUGACAGUCUGAUUGUUGAUGCAGCCUUCCAGCAGACUCUCUGGAGUGUUGCUCCCAUCUGCUCUGGAGCUGGAGUUGCUCAAGGAUACCUAAAGGGGGGUGAGACAUUGCGGCUACUCCACAGCCACAGUGAUGCAUGUCUGACAAUUCCCUCCAUAGAACAGGGAGAGGAGCUGCAAAGAAUAAUGCAUUAUGAGACUGGAUCAGUCUCUAUCUACGCCCGCUCUCUCUGGAGGCUGGAGAUUCUGCGCGUUGUCUGGAGUGGUAGACAUACAUGCUGGGGGCAGCCAUUCAGACUGUGCCAUGUGAUUACUGGGAGGUACCUGGGACUCACAGAGGAGAAAGGCCUGCAUCUGGUUGAUCGGCACAAGGCUGACAUCAACACAACCUCUUUCUGUUUUCAAUCCUCAAAGGAGAGGCUUGACACUGGUACAAAGACUAAUGUUGAUGGCAUGGGGAUCCCAGAGAUCAAGUAUGGAGAUUCCAUUUGUUACAUUCAGCAUGUAGCUUCUGGCCUCUGGCUCACCUACCAAGCCACUGAUGCAAAGUCUUCUCGCAUGGGAGGAACGCAGCGAAAGGCCAUUUUACACAGUGAGGGUCACAUGGAUGAUGGGCUGACGUUGUCACGUUCUCACAAGGAAGAAUCUCACACUGCCAGACUCAUCUGGAGCACUAUUCUCCUCUUCACUCACUUUAUCAGGAAACUGGAUGGUUUCAGCCAACAAGGAAAAAUACCCUCUGUCAGCCCACCAAUGGAGAUAGUGAAGUGCAGUCUGCAGGAUCUAAUAAACUAUUUCCAGCCGCCACCAGAGGGGCUAAGCCAUGAAGUUAAACAAAACAUCAUGACAGCACUAAAAAAUCAGCAGAACAUGUUUCAAGAAGAGGGUGUGAUAGAUUUGGUCCUAGAUUGUAUUGACCACCUCCACCAGUAUAGUAGUGCCUUACAUCUUGCUGAAGCUGCUCAGAGUGAGAUAGGGGAAGAGUGGGAGACCAUCCUCAACUGUUUCUAUGAACUGCUCGCUGCUUUGAUUCGAGGAAACCGUGGAAACUGUGCACGUUUCUCAGCCUCACUAGACUGGCUGAUUAGCAGGCUAGACCGACUGGAGGCCUCAUCUGGAGUCUUGGAGGUUCUACACUGUGUCUUGUUGGAAAGUCCUGAAGCACUCAACAUCAUCAAAGAAGGACACAUUCAUUCCAUUAUCUCUUUUUUAGACAAACAUGGAUGCAACCACAAGGUGCUGGAGGUGCUGUGCUCUUUGUGUGUGUGCCAUGGCGUUGCAGUGCGAUCCAAUCAGAACCUCAUCUGUGACAACCUCCUGCCAGACAGAGACUUGCUGCUCCAAACGCGUCUGGUUAAUCAGGUUAUCAGCAUGAGACCAAACAUUUUUCUGGCUAUGGGGGAAGAUUCAGCUCAGCAUCGAAAAUGGUACUAUGAGCUGGUUGUGGAUCAUGUUGACCCCUUCCUCACAUCUGAGCCCACCCACCUACGCGUUGGCUGGGCUUGCACUAAGGGCUUCCACCCCAGGCCCACAGGAGGAGAAGGCUGGGGGGGCAACGGGGUGGGAGACGACUUCUGCUCCUAUGGCUUUGAUGGGCUUCACCUCUGGUCAGGCUGUGUUGGUCGGAGAGUGACCUCUCCCUUCCGUCACCUGCUGAAAGAUGAUGAUGUGGUCAGCUGCUGUCUGGACCUCAGUGCUCCCUGCAUCUCUUUCCGGGUCAAUGGGCUGCCUGUGCAGGGCAUGUUGGAGAACUUCACUGCUGAUGGACAUCUUUAUCCCGUGGUCAGCUUCUCAGCUGGAAUCAACGUUCAUUUUCUGUUUGGGGGAAGGCAUGGAGAGUUUCGCUUCUUACCCCCACCAGGAUUUGCUCCAUGCUCUGAGUCUCUGCUACCUGGGGUCAAGCUGAAGGUAGAGCCGUGUCAGAAAUACAUCUUACAUCGUGAAGAAGGAAAACAAGAGCUCAUUGGCCCUUUAGUACCCCUCAAUCCAGUUACCUUCACUCCCACACCUGUAGACAUCAGCAAGGUGGUAUUGCCCCUGCAACUUGAGGACAUUCGUGAAAAAAUGGCUGAAAAUAUUCACGAACUCUGGGUGAUGGACAAGAUUGAUCUUGGAUGGACACAUGGACCUGUGAGAGAUGAGACUAAGAAGCAUGAUCCCUGUCUGGUGGAGUUCUCCAAGCUGCCAGAGCAGGAGAGAAACCAGAACCUUCAGGUGGCUCAGGACACCCUUAGGACUCUCAAUGCCCUUGGUUUUCACAUCGGAUUAACUGAUGACCGUGCUGAGGAGAGAGUCCAAUACAUGAGAUUAGCCCCCAAGUACGAGCAGGCCACUGGCUACAGACCUUCCCCAGUAGACUUGAGCCAGAUUUUUCUGAGCACAGCCCAUGAGAAUGUGGUUAAUUUGCUGGCAGAGAAUGAACACAAUGUUUGGGCCAGAGAGCGCAUCAAGCAGGGAUGGACCUAUGGAACCCAACAGGAUGUAAAAGCAAAGCGGAGCCCAUACCUUGUGCCCUACAGCCUGCUUGAUGAAAGGAGGAGGAGAGUGGGCAGGGAGAGUGUCAAAGACGCUGUCUGUAUCCUGCUGGCCUACGGUUACAGCCUGGAGCCCUUUAACCGGGAACAGACCACGUUAUCAAACACACAUCUCUUCUCUGCUGAGAAGUGCAGAGUGUUCAGACCAGAUAAAUCAUACGCCGUGACCCGGGGGAAGUGGUAUUUUGAAUUUGAAAUAUUGACAGCAGGGAGUAUGAGAGUGGGCUGGGCUCACCCAGGCUGUACCCCAGAUAAAGAGCUUGGCUCAGAUGACAAGGCAUUUGUCUUUGAUGGAUUUGAGGCUCAGUGGUACCAUCAGGGCGGUGAACCUCUGGGACGUCCUUGGCAGAGAGGCGAUGUGGUGGGUUGCUUGGUGGACAUGGUUGAACACACCAUGAUUGUCACACUCAAUGGAGAGGUGCUAUUUAAUGAAAGAGGAUCAGAGCUGGCUGCCAAGGAUUUCAAUAUCAGAGACGGCCUGUUACCGGUGGUCAGUGUUGGGGUGAACCAGAUGGGGAGGCUUAACCUGGGCCGCCAUGUGGACUCUCUGCAGUUCUUUACUGUAUGUGGCCUGCAGGAGGGCUAUGAGCCAUUUGCUGUCAACAUGGCCAGAGACCCACCCCUGUGGAUGAGUUGGAAAAACCCUCAUUUUACUAGCAUGCUGCCUGAUGAUCACACCUUACAGGUCACUAAAGUUAGCAGCUCAGUGGAGUCCUUUCCCAUCCUGAGGGUCUCUCAGCAGUUGUUUGCACACCAUAAUGGAGACAAUGAGAUGGGCUUUUAUCGGCUCAGCAUGUCUGUUGAAUGUGCUGCCAUCCUCACUAACCCUGCGGGGGCUGUGCUUCCAGUGGCCUCCAACACUCUCUCUCAAGGAAAGAAAGAACAGGAAGAAGUGGACUCUGACUUUGAAGUGCUGAUGAAGUCGGCUCGCAGCUUUGGUGGUUCAAGAGAUGAGCUCAAUCAUAAGGAUCAUAGCCAAGACAAAACAUCAAGAUUGAAACAAAGGUUCAUGCUGAAGCGGACUAAACCAGGCCUAGUCAGUAGCAACUCCUCUGCACGCCUUCUGGAAGAUGUUGUAGUCGAAAAAGAUAACUAUGAUCAUCUUAUCCAAAGCCCUAGAUAUUACUACUCAGUGAAGAUUCUUCCAGGCCAGGAGGCAUUCAAUGUGUGGGUUGGCUGGGUGACUUCUGACUUUCAUCAGUACGACAUGACAUUUGAUCUCAAUAAUGUCCACACUGUGACUCUCACUCUUGGAGACGACAUUGGCAAAGUCCAGGAAAGUGUAAAGAGGUAUAACUGUUACAUGGUGUGUGCUGGAGAGGCAACAGGCCUGUCUCAGAGUCGUAGAAGCACAGGACUGGAAAUUGGCUGUUUGAUCGACACAUCCACUGGGCUGCUCACUUUUACCUCUAGUGGAGUGGAGAUGGCCACCUUCUACCAAGUGGAAGCCAGUACAAAGCUGUUUCCUGCUGUUUUUGUCAAGCCCACCACCAGCAACAUGUUUCAGUUUGAACUGGGACGUGUUAAGAAUGCGAUGCCGCUAUCAGCAGGCUUACUCCGCAGUCAAAGAAGAAAUGCUGAUCCUCAGUGUCCACCAAGGGUCCAGGUCCAACAUCUCAGCCCAGUUUCAUGGACCAGAGUACCAGACCAUGCAUUAAAAGUGUCAGUAGAUUGGCCAGAUGAGCACCGUGGCUGGAGAGUCCAGUGCUCUGAGCCCCUUCAAGUCAUGACCCUUCAGAUCCCUGAUGAAAACAGGUGUGUUGACAUUUUGGAACUGUCUGAACUUGGUGAGCUCUUGACCUUUCACCACCACACCCUGCUCCUCUACUGCUCCUUAUGCGCCCUUGGCAACAUCAGAGUUUGCCAUGUGCUCUGUAGUCAUGUGGACCAGUCCCAGGUCCUUCAUGCCAUUCAGAAUCCCCACCUUCCAGGUCCUCUUCGCUCUGUAUUUUACCAGUUACUUAUUCAGGUUCACCUCAGCAGCCACACCACAGCAUGUCUCAUGAUGAACCAUGAAUACAUUGUGCCUAUGACAGACCAGACCAGAGAAAUCAGUCUUUAUCCAAGCCCUGCUAAUUGUGUAAAUGGGAGGAAUGGUCAACCUCCAGAAAGCAUUCCCAACAUCACUUUUAGCACAUCCCUCAAACCACUGAUGCAUUUCUCAUCUCCUUGCUUUGUCAGGAGUAAUGAGAUGGAUGCAGGUGAAAUAGCCCACUCAGACAGCCCAGAAAUCCCUCUGGACAUUUUGAAGAAUCUGACUGUGGAGAUGUUGACUGCUGGGGUACGGGCUGUGGGUCAGGAUGUCAGGGAUCCUGUAGGAGGCAGCAUUGAGCUUCUGCUAGUUCCCCUAAUUAGACUGUUCUGUACCUUGCUGGUAAUAGGGGUAUUUGGGGAUGAGGACCUAGACAAAGUCCUGAGACUGUUGGAGCCGAGAGUGUUCUCUGUUGAUGCUGAAACAGCAGAGGAGAAAGUGGAAGAAGUAACAAGCGAUGAUGAAAAGGAACAGAAAGAGGCCAACAGAAAGGAAAAGGACACCGCUAAACAAGGACUUCUUCAAAUGAAGCUUUCAGAAGCAGUCAAACUUGAGCUCUGCCAUUUGCUGUCCUACCUGUGUGAUUGCCACGUGCGGCACAGGGUAGAAGCUGUGGUUGCCUUCUCUGACAACUUUGUAGGUCAGCUGCAGGACAACCAACGCUUUCGCUACAACCAGGUCAUGCAGGCACUCAACAUGUCAGCCGCCCUCACUGCCCGUAAGACGAAGGAGUUCCGCUCACCUCCACAGGAGCAGAUCAAAAUGCUGCUGAGCUUCAGGGAAGAGAAGCAGCAGGAGAACUGUCCAUGUCCAGUGGAAAUCCAACAACAACUGCGAGACUUCCAUCGCCUCCUUAAAGCACACUGUGGCAUCAAAUUGGACAAUGACUCAGAAGAUGAAGAGGAUGUUAAGAUGUCUGUAAAAGACUGGGUUCUCAGUCUCAUUGUCCCUGGACUGAGAAAGGCUACCAUAGAAAUGGGGAGGUCUAAAUUGCAGAGUGCUAAGUCCCUCAAUAAGCUGAUCUCUAAGACAGUGGUGAGCUGGGCCCAAGAGAGUGAGAUGGACGACCCUGAACUGUUUAGGGCUCUCUUCUCAUUGCUGCACCGCCAGUAUCAGGGCCUUGGGGGCCAAAUGGCAGGACCACUUUGCAGAGCCUAUACAAUCAGCCAGGUUUCGGUGGAGGAUACCAUGACUCUCCUGUCCUCACUGGGCCAAAUCCGUGCUCUCCUCAGUGUCCGCAUGGGUAAAGAAGAGGAGAGACUGAUGAUCAGAAGACUAGGAGACAUCAUGAAUAACAAAGUGUUUUACCAGCAACCCAACCUAAUGAGGACACUGGGGAUGCAUGAGACCGUGAUGGAAGUAAUGGUCAAUGUUCUUGGGGAAGGGGAGUCAAAGGAGAUUACCUUUCCCAGGAUGGUGGCCAGCUGUUGUCGAUUCCUGUGUUAUUUUUGCCGCAUCAGCAGUCACAAUCAAGGGGCCCUGUUCGACCGUCUCAGCUAUCUGCUGGAAAACAGCAGUGUUGGACUAGCUUCACCGUCUAUGCGUGGGGCCACGCCUCUGGAUGUGGCUGUAAUGGAUAAUAUUGAACUGGCCUUAGCUUUGAGGGAGCAUGACUUAGAGAAGGUGGUGCAGUACCUUGCUGGCUGUGGUCUCCAGAGUUGUCCCAUGCUAGUGGCUAAAGGCUAUCCUGAUAUUGGAUGGAACCCUGUGGAGGGCGAGCGUUACCUGGACUUCCUACGUUUUGCUGUCUUUUGUAAUGGUGAGAGUGUAGAAGAAAAUGCUUACGUGGUGUUAAGGUUACUGAUUCGUCGACCUGAGUGCUUUGGGCCUGCCCUGCGAGGUGAUGGCGGAGAAGGUCUCCUAGCAGCCAUGGAGGAAGCCAUCAGGAUCUCUGAGGACCCCUCUAUGGAUGGACCUUGCAUUAAGUACCAGUCCAGCAGAACACUGCCAGUGUUAGAAAUAGAUGUUGACCAGGACAGUGAUGAUGACCUCGUUCACAUGGGAAAUGCCAUCAUGACCUUCUACUCAGCCCUCAUUGACUUACUGGGGCGGUGUGCUCCAGAGAUGCAUUUGAUUCAACAAGGCAAAGGUGAAGCCAUUCGUGUCAGGGCAAUUCUGAGGUCACUCAUCCCCACUCAGGAUCUUGAGGGAGUCAUUAGCAUCUCCUUUCAAACUCCAUCUAUGUCUAAAGAUGGUGUCGUGGUUGAGCCUGACCUAUCUAGAGUGUUCUGCCCAGACCACAAAACAGCUAUGGUGCUCUUCCUGGACCGGGUUUAUGGCAUCGAUUCCCAGAGUUUUUUGCUCCACCUAGUAGAAGUUGGCUUUCUUCCUGACCUUCAGGCAACUGUUUCGCUUGACAUUACUGGAUUAGGAUCCACUGAUAUGGCCCUGGCCCUCAACAGAUAUUUGUGCUCAGCUGUGCUUCCCCUUCUCACCAAAUGUUCAUAUCUCUUCUGUGGAUUAGAGGACCAUACCUUGCUGGUUGAUUCUCUCAUCCAGGCAGUCUACAGCCUUUCCAGGGCUCUCAACUUGACCAAGGCUCAGAGAGACACCAUUGAAGAUUGUUUGUUGGCUGUGUGCAGUAAACUUCAACCAUCUAUGAUGCAGCCUCUUCUGCGACGUCUUGUCUUUGAUGUUCCCCGUCUCACAGACCACAGCAAGGUGCCACUAAAGCUUUUGGCCAAUCACUUUGAGCAAAGGUGGAAGUACUACUUGCUAAAUGGAGGGCAGGGUGACCAGGAUUUGGCCUCUGAAGAGGAGCUUCACCUGUCUACAAAGUUGUUCUGGGGAGUGUUUAAGGCCUUGUCAAAGAAGCCUUAUGAGCCUCAGUUAUUUAGGCUGUGUGUCCAGUGCCUGGCUGCUGUUGCCAAGGCCCUGCCUCCUGACCAUAUGGACCCAAGCUGUGUUUCUCAGACGGGAAAAAUAACAUCCAUGGACACAGAUGGGCACUUUGACCCUCAGCCCGUAGAUACCUCCAAUGUGUCCGUUCCAGAGAGACUGGAGUUUGUAGUGAACAAGUACGCAGAGCAUACGCAUGAGAAGUGGUCACUGGACAAGUUUGCCAGUGGCUGGGUUCAUGGAGAGCAGUUUUGUGAGAACACCAAAGUUCACCCUCUACUCAGACCGUACAGGGCUCUGGCUGAGAAGGAGAAGGAGCCAUAUCGCUGGGCCAUUAAAGAGACAAUAAAGAGUAUGCUGGCCUUUGGAUGGACCAUAGAGAGGACUAAAGAAGGAGAUGCACUUGGCAUGUAUACCUGUACACGCCGAGUGUCUCAGUCUGGACAGCUGUCUUUUGAAGGAGCAUCAACCUUCAGCCCCAAACCUAUGGACAUGAGCAGUAUCACCUUAUCAUGGGAGCAGUGUGCUAUGGCUGAACAGUUGGCUGAAAACUACCACAAUGCCUGGGCUAAGAGGAAGAAGUUGGAGCUUGAGAGUAAAGGAGGGGGUGGCCAUUCAAUGCUUGUGCCCUAUGAUACCCUGACUGCCAAAGAGAAGACCAAAUUCAGAGAGAGAGCCCAGGAUGUCCUCAGGUUUCUCCAGCUCAAUGGCUACACUGUGUGGAGUACAGCCAACUGCUUUGGCUACACUGUCCUCCAGCAGCUGCUGUUACACACUGAGGAUGCCCAAGAGCAUAUGUUGGAGCUGGAGGUGAUGCAAGCCAGAGGACACAUGUCUAAAGGAGAGAGAGUUCCUCACCAGCAACCAAUACAUUUUUUCCUCAAGGUCAUCCUUCCCCUUGUGGAACAGUAUGUGAAAAGCCACCGUCUGUAUUUCCUCUCCAGUUCUCUCUGCUCAAGUGGCAAUAGAAACCUUGCCUCAAAAAAGGAAAAGGAGAUGAUUGCAUGCCUCUUUUGUAGGCUAGCAGCUCUAGCAAGACACAGAGUCUCACUCUUUGGAAGCGAAGCAUCAUCAGUUGCAAGCAGCCUUUGUGUUUUGGCUCAGGCCCUGGAUGCCAGGACAUUGACAAAGUCAACCUCAGAGUCUAUCCAUGCGUCUCUGCAUUCAUUCUUUGAGGCAGCUGCAGCUGAUCUGGAGAUGACUGUGGAAAACCUUUCAGUGACCUUGGUCUCUUUGCCUCAGAGUAGGAGUCAACAGGCUAGAGGAGUGGCUAAGGUUCUCAGCUACACAGCCUCCAUCCUUCUCCCCACCCUCACUUCCCUAUUUCAGCAUCUUGGCAAUGAAAAUUAUGGAGUGGACCUCCUGGUGGGAAGUAUCCAGGUGUACUGUUACAGGAUCCUCAACAGCCUCUAUUCUCUUGGCACCAAUAGAAGCAUCUACAUGGAGGGGCAACGGUCAGCAGCAGGUGCUUGUCUCGCAGCCCUGACUGGGGCUUUUCCUGUAUGUUUCCUGGAACCAGCACUCAACCAAAACAACCCUUAUUCUAUCUACAACAGUAUGAGUUCUUCUGUGAGAGAAGAUCUAGGACUGCCGGAUCAGGUGGAGGACAUGUGUCCCCAUCUGCCUUCUUUUGAACAGGCUAUGGAGGAAGUGGAGGAGUUGGCAGGUGUUGGUGCUGGAUUUCGCCAGGACCACUAUAUCCAUGUCAUGGAGGUCACCUUGCCUAUGCUGUGCAGCUACGUGUCCCUUUGGUGGCACUGGGGCCCUGAGGGCCAGCCAGCCAACCCAGUCUGCACCUCGGUCAUUCCUCAGAAUGCCAGUGAACUGCUUGGCCACAUCCUCCGUAUUAUUCAUAACCAUGUGGGUGCUAGCCAGGGUGACUGGAUGAAACACUUGGCAGUUUUUUCUCAACCAAUCAUAUGUAGUGCCUGCAUGGACCUGCUGAAGAGCCACUUUCUGCCACUGAUGGAGAAGUUAAGGAAGAGAGCAGAAUGUGUGCUGCUGGAGGAGGAGCAGAUGAAAGCAGAAGGGUGUUGUGGUUCUGAAGCAGAGUUGCAGAUACAGGAGAAGUUCAGGGUGCUGGUGCGAGACCUCUAUGCCUUCUAUCCCCUUGUCAUCCCAUUUGUGGAUUCUAAUCGAGCCAUCUGGCUGAAAGAGUCAAAUCCUGAGGCUGAGCAGCUGUUCAGCAUGGUGGCAGAGAUCUUUAUAUUCUGGGCCAAAUCUCAUAACUUUAAAUGGGAGGAACAGAAUUAUGUGGCCCAAAAUGAAAUCAACAACUUGGCUUUCUUAGUCAACUAUGACCAAAUGUCCAAGUUCAAUUAUGAGAAGAGGAGGAUGACGAGGAAGGGUGAGCGUUAUUCCAUGCACAUGUCUCUCAUUGUGGCUGUUGUGAAGAGACUGCUUCCUGUGGGACUCAGGGUUUGCUUUCCAAGUGACCACAGCCUUAUCAUGUUGGCUAAGAAUGGCUUCGCUCAGAAAAACACUGAAGAUGAGAUUCGAGACCAUGUUUUUCACGACCUUAUACAUCUUCAGAGUCAGACAUCAAGCUGUAUGGAGCAGGAGGCUGAACCCCCAAGUCGACUAGGGGUCAUCACUGACCCCCAAAGGACUGUAGACAGGAUAGUGGGAUUAGCUCGAGUCCUUUAUUACCUGGACCAGGUGGAACACCCACAGAGAAGUAAAAAGCCUGCGUGGUACAAGGUCUUAUCAAAACAGAGGAAACGAGCAGUGGUGGCCUGCCUAAGGAUGGCUCCUCUCUACAACUUACCCAGGCACAGAGCUGUCAACCUGUUCCUCCAAUGCUACAAUAAAUCCUGGAUAUCAGCAGAGAACCACAGCUUUGAGGAGAAGCUCAUGGAGGAUUUAGCUAAGGGAGGAGUGAUGGAGCUUUGUGGAGGUGACAAAGGCAGUGAAAAAGAUGGGGAAGAAGGUGUCAAACCAAUCGACCCCCUCCUACAACUCGUCACACUUUUCAGUCAAAGUGCCCUGACAGACUGGAGUAAAUUUGGAAGUGACAGUCUCUAUAAGUCCUAUGCUGCUAUUAUGACCAAGAGUUGCCACAGAGAGGAAGGUGAUGAUGAAGAACAAGAAGUGAAAAGCUUCGAAGAAAAGGAGGUGGAGAAGCAGAAGUUGCUGUACCAGCAGGCCAGGUUGCGUUGUCGUGGAGCUUCUGAGAUGGUCCUGCAAAUCAUCAGCGCCAGCAAAGGGGCCAUGGGCUCCAUGAUUGCUCCUACACUGAAGCUGGGUAUUGCUGUUCUCAAUGGAGGAAAUGCCACUUUUGGUACAAUACUGCAUUUGUAUUUAGAACUAGAAAUACAGAGAAAAAUGCUGGAUUAUUUGAGAGAGAAGAGAAAUGUUGGAUUCUUUCAGAGCAUGGCUGGACUCAUGCGGUCGUGCAGUGUUCUGGAUCUGAAUGCGUUUGAGAGGCAGAACAAAGCAGAAGGAUUAGGCAUGGCCAUGGAGGACAGCUCAGGAGAGAUGGUGAUGCCUGACAAAGACCUAACUUGUGACCUGUUUCGUUUUCUGCAGCUACUCUGUGAAGGACACAACUCAGAUUUUCAGAAUUACUUGAGAACACAAACAGGCAACAACACCACUGUCAACAUCAUUAUUUCUACUGUGGACUAUUUACUAAGAGUACAGGAAUCAAUCAGUGACUUCUACUGGUACUACUCAGGGAAGGAUGUGAUUGACAUACAUGGUCAAUGCAACUUCUCCAAGGCCAUCAAAGUGGCCAAACAGGUCUUCAACACACUCACUGAGUACAUACAGGGCCCGUGUACUGGGAACCAGCAGAGUCUAGCUCACAGUCGUCUGUGGGAUGCUGUAGUUGGAUUCCUCCAUGUCUUUGCCCACAUGCAGAUGAAGCUCUCUCAGGAUUCAAGGCAGAUUGAGCUUCUGAAAGAGCUGAUGGAUUUACAGAAGGACAUGGUUGUGUUUUUGCUUUCCAUGUUAGAAGGUAAUGUUGUCAAUGGAACUAUUGGAAAGCAGAUGGUGGAUAUGUUGGUGGAAUCAUCAGGUAAUGUGGAGAUGAUCCUCAAGUUUUUUGACAUGUUCCUCAAACUGAAAGACCUCACCUCCUCAGAUGCUUUCAGAGAGUAUGACUCUGAUCGUAAGGGCAGCAUAUCCAGGAAGGACUUCCAGAAAGCCAUGGAAAAUUGCAAGCGUUUCUCCCAGGCUGAGACUGAUUUUCUUCUUCUGUGCUCAGAGACUGACCACAGUGAAAUUGUGGAUUAUGAGGCUUUUGUAGAUCGCUUCCAUGAGCCGGCCAAAAAUAUUGGCUUCAGCAUAGCCGUUCUUCUCACCAAUUUGUCCGAACACAUGCCCAGUGAUACCAGACUAAGGACAUUCUUGGAACUGGCAGAGUGUGUCUUGACUUACUUCCAGCCCUGUCUAGGACGCAUUGAAAUCCUUGGUAGUGGGAAACGCAUCGAACGCGUCUACUUUGAGAUCAGUGAAUCUAGCCGCACACAAUGGGAGAAGCCACAGGUCAAAGAGUCCAAGAGACAGUUCUUUUUUGAUGUGGUCAAUGAGGGUGGAGAGAAGGAGAAAAUGGAGAUGUUUGUCAAUUUUUGUGAAGACACCAUUUUUGAGAUGCAGCUUGCAGCAAAAAUAUCUGGCUCUGACAGUGGAGAGAAGUGUGUUGGAAAAGAAGAAGAGGAAAAGAGUAAUGGUGAAGAAGAAGGCCUGGACAACAAAGGAAUGUUUUUCAUGUAUCAGUGGUUUCUGUUGCUGACAUCUCUGCUUUCUGUGAAAAACCUGAAGACACUAAUGAAGAUGACUCUGAAGGACAUUCUCAUGUCAGCCAUUUUCUUCCUCAAAUUAAUUUUUAUGGCUCAGGUCCGGUGCAUUUGUGUUGUAAUUCACAGCACCAUGUAUGUGCUGUACAUAACUUUUAUUAGUGGGGGGCUCAUAGAGAGAGCCAAACGGAUGAGGAUUUCGGACAUGCUUGGUGGUAUCCUUGAACCAACUCUUGAUGAGGUCAUGGAGGUGCCAAGUGGUGUGGAUUGGUCAAAGAAGUACUCUGCUAGUUGCUCUUCUCAGAAUGAAUUGAGGAAGAUUGGGCAGGUGGCAGCUGUGACCUCCCCCAGGGAGGUGGAUCUACUGUCAGACAUAUUUGGGCUCAAAGUAAAGAAGGAGGGAGGUCAAUACAGACUUGUAACUAAAGACCUCUCUGCCAGUCUGACUGACCUGUUCAACACAACCUCCAGAACAACUGCCACCACUGAUUCUGCACAGACUGCCACAGAGGAAAAGGCAAAAGACCAGAGAAUAACUGAAUUACACAACACAAAAGUGAAGGAAUCUGAGAAGAAAACUGAGAAUGAGAAAGCAGAAGAAGAGCCAAGAUGCUCUAAUAAGUCAGAGAUACCAGAGAGCCAACAUUCUGCCCUCUGGGAGAUGAUAAGCACUCAUAGCAAGAGCCUGCUGAACUACUUUGCAAGGAAUUUUUAUAAUAUGCGUUUGCUGGGUCUGAUUGUUGCCUUUGCAAUCAACUUUAUCCUUCUCUUCUACAAGGUAGCAUCAUUGCCUCCAUCACAAGGAGAGGAAGGAGUGAUUGCAUCUGUUUACAGUGAAGGACUGGACUCUGCUGCUGAAGACUACAACGAGGGCAGAGAUUAUUUUGUGCUACAGGAGAGCAGUGGAUACAUGGAGCCAUCUCUCCACUUCCUGGCUGUAGCACACACAAUCAUCUCCUUUUGUUGUAUUAUUGGUUACUGCUGCCUCAAGGUACCACUGGUGAUCUUCAAACGUGAGAAGGAAGUGGCACGAAGGCUGGAGUUUGAUGGACUCUAUGUGACAGAGCAGCCCCCCGAGGAGGACAUCAAAGGGCAAUGGGACCGACUGGUCAUUAACACACCGUCAUUUCCAAGUAAUUACUGGGAUAAAUUUGUGAAAAGAAAGGUGAUAGAUAAGUACAGUGAGUUUUAUGGCUUUGUGAAGAUUAGUGAACUCCUUGGUCUGGACCCAGCAGCCUUAGACUUCAGCUCUGACAGAAAGAAGAGGAAGAAGCUCAAUAGAGACACUGCCUGGAGUGCUCUAUUUACAUGUAACUCCAUUGACCUGAAGUACCAACUGUGGAAACUCGGAGUUGUGUUCACUGACAGUUCCUUCUUGUACUUGGCCUGGUACAUGACCAUGUCAGUUGUAGGUCAUUAUAACAACUUCUUCUUUGCGGCCCAUCUUUUGGACAUCGCCAUGGGCUUUAAGACACUUCGUACCAUCCUUUCCUCUGUUACACACAAUGGGAAACAGUUGGUCCUGACUGUGGGCCUGUUGGCGGUUGUGGUGUAUCUCUACACUGUCGUGGCUUUUAACUUCUUCAGGAAGUUUUACAACAAGAGUGACAGCAAGGACACCCAAGACAUGAAGUGCAAUGAUAUGCUAACUUGCUACAUGUUCCACAUGUAUGUCGGGGUGCGUGCCGGUGGGGGCAUUGGCGAUGAGAUUGUGGACCCUGCUGGAGAUGAGUUUGAGGUUGAGCGCAUCAUCUUCGACAUCACGUUUUUCUUCUUUGUGAUUGUCAUCCUUCUGGCUAUCAUCCAGGGCUUGAUAAUUGAUGCCUUUGGGGAGCUUCGUGACCAACAGGAGCAGGUGAAAAAGGAUAUGGAGACCAAAUGUUUUAUAUGUGGAAUAGGAAGUGAAUACUUUGAUACAGUCCCUCAUGGCUUUGAGACCCACACGCUACAGGAGCACAACUUGGCCAACUAUUUAUUUUUUCUCAUGUACCUUAUUAACAAGGAUGAAACGGAACAUACGGGUCAGGAAUCCUACGUGUGGAAAAUGUACCAGGAACGUUGCUGGGAGUUCUUUCCUGUGGGAGACUGUUUCCGUAAGCAAUAUGAGGACCAGCUGGUGUGAACGGAUAUCUGAGAGAUCUAAAGCCUCCCUAGAUAAUGUCACCGCACAGAAGCCAUCUUGAUGCCCUUGGAGAUACUAAAUUGUCUUGACUGUUGUGUUUGCUCUACACUGAUUUAUUUUUUUUUUUCAUUUUUUUAUUUUGGUAUUCAAUGAUACUUUAUUUUUAUGCAGUGGAGAAUUUCUAAAUUAUAUUCAUUAAAUUGGCUGGAAAGUAAAGAAUAAGGAUCAAUGUGAUUAUGUUCAGAUACAAAAUUAAUGUGUUUGCUUUUGUGAGUCCUGUGGCAGGAAGUUACUAAUUUCAGUAUCUUCUGGACUCUACAACCAACAUAUGCAGAGAGAAGUGACAGUUUACAGCUUUAUACAUCAGUCAAAGCUGGCAAUUCAAAUUUGGUUCCACAGCUCUCUGCUGGCCGGGUGUUUCUCUGUAAGGCUCAUGUUUUUUGAAUGAAGAGAUUUGUUUUUCUAAUCACAGCCUCCCAUCCAUUUUCCAUGUGCGAAAUCCAGAUAAACACUCUCCCUCUGGCAUUUGCUCUGUUUACCUCCCUCUUCUUGAGGUUCUCUCCUCUUGUCUGUUGUGCUCAUCUUUUCAUGAGCCUUCUCCUCCUCCUGUUUUUGCUUGUUAAUAUCCUUUCCCUUUCCACUCAUCCCUUAUCUUCAUCUCCUUUCCCUUCUCAUUUUCAGCCACUAGCAUACUAAAAGAUCUCCCAGUGCUGGAAUCCCUGCAUAUGACUCACUGGCUAAAGGAGUGUGGCAGGUUUUGUUUAACUGUUAAAAGCACGCACACGAGUGUGUAUGUGUGCACAGAGCUUAACCAUGAGAUGACAGCCAUGAAAAGGGCCACCUACACAUACUGUCCUCAUUAUGCAAAGGUCGAACACUGUGCUUACACUACUGAUGCGUAUACAUGUUGCUUGUGGGUCAUGUCUUGUGUGGUUAUAACUCACUGAAGGACCAGAAGAGGAGCUACUUACUUUUUUCUAAGGAAUGGAAUAUAUUUGCAUAAACUGAAAUUUUAGUCAGCAGUGUUGUUAGGUGGCUAAUGGUGUUUAAUUACUGCAGUUACUGAAACUUUCCUCAUUUAAAAAUCUGUGGUGUAUGUAUUAUCACCAUUAAGGCUGAGCUAUGUUUAGAUUAGAUCAUUAACCUACAAUGUGUGACAGAUAGCACUGAUGAGACAUGAAUUAAAGGUCCUGAAUAUAAUUUUUCUUAUGAUUUGGUCCUAUAUGAAUGUAUAAUUCUCUGCCAAUCUUUGAGAGUUUUGAUUAUUUCACAUGAGAAAUUUCUGUUCUAUGACCAUCAUGUAUUUUUACAUAGUUGAGUACUGUGAUAAUUAAAGAGUAAACAAGACCACCCUUUGUGUACUGUACAACCUAAGAAAAGUUGUACUGU